GAUAGUGGAGCUGUCAGCGCGGACAUUUACGGUGUAAAAGCCGUUUAAAGCGGUUCAUAUUCACAAAGCAAGCAUACGGUCCAUACAAGGUAGAUUUUCUGUUCAGGAAUCAUUGCUUUUAUAGACACCGAAGCCAUUAAAGGCUAGUAAGAGUCGCAUGGGCUGGAACGAACGCCGCACGCAGCAUUUCCGGCUCAGCUGUUCUUAUUUCCGGUAGAUGCUUUACUUUCGUGACCUAGCAACCAGACUCCGCCUGGACGAGGAGCCUUUGGGCAGACGGUCAGCGUGACCAUCACGGAUGCAUUAUUGAUGUCAGGGAGACCAAACCCGCCGCUCCGGCAGAUGUCACGUCAGAGGGAGAGGAGGAACGAAGGAUCGAAGAUGGUGCCAACAAGGUGGCCGCAACUACAUGAACAGUGAGACCUAAACAACACACCGUGGCGACGUCCAUGGACGGACAUGCAGAAGAGUCGGACGAGGAUCAUCGCGGGGAGUGCAAGACCGUGGUGUUGUGGCAGAAGCACUUUCAGCAGAGGAUCGUCUUUGACCUGAGCGAUGACGAAAGUCUCCAUCUCAGUGACCUCGACCGUGCUGUAGAUUUGCGCAUCUCUCAGUCGGAGUCGGAGCCCAGCAUCAACCUUGACAUGAGUGCUGAGCUGUCAGAUUUGGAGGACACGUCCUCAGACUCCAGUGUGGACCAGAGCCAGAGCGACGUGGUGGGGCAGAGCCGCGGCACUGGUAGCUUCCUACCUGUGUCAGCCCAGAGAGCCGACACCAUUCAGGUGCCUGUGACCGAGCAACGCGAGGACCCGGGACAAAAUACGAGUGAUGAGGAGCAAGAGGAGCUACCGUAUGAUGGUCAUCUGAGCAGCUUCUAUUUCCAUCAGACAAGUAGUCCAGAAGGCAACAGCAGCUCCGAUGGGACUGUCCAAGCCAGUCCAGAUGGAGUGGAUUUCGCUACAAUAGAGAAAGACAGUGAAGUCAAACCAGGAGUCUCACCCAUGUUAUCACAAAAAGAUGAAGGUGAACAGCUGCUGGACAUUAACCAGGUGUUGCUAAGACAUUUUUCCCACGAGCAGCUGCAACUAGCUGGCAGGCUGAUCGAAGCAGAGACUCUUCCAGAAGUCUCCCUGCUUGACAGUGCUACUGAUGUACUCACCAGCAGGGCUGUGACCCUCAACAGCAAGCAGGCUGAGAGGACACCGAUGAGCGGUCAAGACUUGAACCAGCACAGGGAAGCGACAGACGAUGACCGUUCACUGACUGCAAUGGAGGAGAAGCACUUCACAGCAAGGGAGCAGGAGGAAGCGUUGGAUGCCACCAAACCGGAUGCAUCGGAUGAGGGGCCUCCAAAAGUAUCCCUCACACGUACCAGAUCGUUCAGCGACAUCAAGUAUGGCCAAGGUCAAGUCCACUACCCGCGUCCGGACUUUUCCAAAGUUGCUCCCAAGGUCAAAAUUCCUAAAGCUGCCAGUGGUCCAGCCAAGCCUGGUCCGCCAGCCUCCAGCACCAUGCACAGAGCCCAGUCGUCCCCGGGGAUGCUGGACUUGAUCAGCCGGGUGCUGGAAGAUUCGGUCCAGCCGUCAGAGAAGCCACACAUCUUCAGGGAUCCGGAGAAGCCGACGGUUCCGGCACAUCGUCUGCAGGCAGAUUACGAUGAUCUACUGACCAAAUAUGCAGAGGCGGUUUCAGAUGAGCUGAGGACACAACAAGCACAUACAACCUCAAACACUGACCUGGUUGUAGGUCAAGGUCAAGGUCGCUCGGUGGGACGACGCCAUCUUGGGACCUUUCCUCCUCAAAUUUCUGGAGGCCUGAUGAACCUCCCUGCUGAAGGUCAGCCUGAAGGUCAGGGAGCAUCAGCUGGAGAAGAAAUGACAGCAGAGCUGAUGGUCAUCAUCGGCCACUUCAUGCUAACAGUUGAAGAGUUUAAACAGAGCGUAAGCAUCAAGGCGUUCAGCUUGGAAGAACAGCAAAUGAUGCUGAGAAACAUGAAGGAGGCUCAGGACCAGCUGGAGAGGAAAUAUAUGAGUAAAAAAGAGGAGCACAGGGCUCUGGAGAUGCAGAAUUACAUGGGACUCAAUAGAAACACCGGCAUCUUUGACCCUGAAAGGUUGUUGGAGGGAGACAUAUUCCGAGCAGGAAUGCUGCUGGAUGACAUUAAGGAGAUGGUCGACAAACAUCUGUGUGAGCAGGACUGUGGCCAGUGUUUGGAGCCCAGGCUUGGAAACACAGCGGCACACACCCAGCAUGAGAUCGUGCCUCAGUUUCAGGCGCUCACGGAAGCUGCCACCACUCACACCUGUGCGAAGGAGAAAGAGGGCGAUAAGGCUUCAACGGAGGCAAGAAGUGGACGGAGAAGUGCUGGGAUUAAACUUGUGAAUGAGCUCACAAUCAAACCAGAGGACAUGAAUAAUAGCGUAGACACUUUAAGGUCUCGCACUCGGGUCUCUGUGUUCGGGCCACAGACCUCAGCUGGGGAGGAUGAAGAGGGGAACGACGAGGAAGAUAGGAGCUCCAUCUAUUCUGAGGGGAUUGUUAGCAGUGAUAUAAUAGCAUAUCUGACUGGGGCCAAGUUGUCAAGAGAGCAAACAGCAGCCCAAAGCGAACAGGGACGUGACCUGAGCUCUGGUGAAAAGAGUGAGUCGCAUCACUCUCAAAAUCAUUCCACCUGCAAACACCCAGCUCCACCUCUCACACCCUCCACAUCACAGGUUAUUGUGAGCUACGAGACUGACAGCGGGUUUGGAAGUUCAUACUUGACUCAGUCUGGGACCUUUCAGUCAAGUCCCAUCAGUGAAAGCAGGGGGCAGAGCGACAGUCUGAGCGGCUCGGACAGUGAGUCCUGUUCAAACCUUUGGACCACCAUCCACCCGGCCUGUCAGUCCGGUCCACUUCAAUCCCAGACUCCUGCUGCAGUGGAGCUGUGGGUUCAAUCCACCAAGACAGAAGCUUCAGUCCGGCAGCGGGGACCUGACAUCAGCCAACACUUGUGUGAAGCUAAUAUGGAGGCAGCACAGAGAGAGAGACAGUUGUGCUCCUGCAACAGUGAGGCUAUAGUGGCUCUGCAGCUGGAGGUUUCCAGGCUGAAGCAGGAGCUGAAGGAAGGCCUGGUCCAGCUGCCUCAACUGGCCCAAAAGAUGGAUUACCUCACGUCUAAAUACAGGCAGGAGCGCAGGUCCCGAACCAGGACCAGGAACCACCAGAGACCAUCCAGCUUGGGGAAGCACAGGAGCAGAGUGAACGUGAGGGUAGACGACUGGAUCUCGACAGAUAUGGACCCCAGCAGGAGCAAAGAUAUCGACGACGACACAGGCGGAUCAGAGUCAGAGCUGCAGUUUGAUGCUUCACCAGCAAGGGGCGAUAGAGGCAGCAUCAUCUCAGAAUUCCAGCAUGUACUUCAGAGGACUCUGCAGAGUAGCAAAGAUGGGAUCCAGACGGAAAACGCUUCUGCAGUGACACGGUUACGGUUGAAAGGAGAGAGAAGCAGUAGAGUCAGGCUGAGGACCCAGAACAGAGACACAAAGGACUUCAAUCUUGAUGAUCCAUGGUCCCUAGUAUCUUCUCCCUCACCACAGAGGCCCCUACUCCAGGUUAACUACGGCUCCUCCAGUAGUCUCCCAGCAAGCUAUAAAUAUAGUGAGCCGCCCGUACAGUCCGUGCGGCACCACAUGAAACGCUCCACCCAGUCGGACUCUGCACUGCUGCCCAGCGAUGUCUACUUCCUGCGGACGCCAUCACCUGCUGCAAAGACUGGCCGGAGGCGGGACAGCAAGGAGGAGGCCAUGAACCGAACUCUAGACCAGGCGAUUGAGGUGGCUCGCAGCAUGAAGAGGACGACCGACCGAAUGGCGCGGACACUCUCAGCGGAUCUGGCUAAAGCCGAGCACCGCAGGAAGAUAUACAACGAUCAGCCAUCAGGAGGUGCCCGACACCAGUUCUCAUAAAAGCCGGAUCACCAGCCUGACCAAUCUUUAUGACGUAUAUGUAUAUAAU